AUGAGUGAAUUGAACAAUAAGAAUUUUUCAGUCCCAGUUUCGAAUUUUAAAUCCUCUCAUUCCGAACAAGAAUCAUCAUCGCCACGUAUCGGAAUAGAAUUGACAAGUAUUGAAAUAGGUUACAAUAGAAUAGGAAAUGAAGGUGUGAAAUAUUUGAGCGAAUGUAAAGAAUUGACAAGUGCUAAUCUUUAUGGGAAUAAUAUAAGUGCUGAAGGAGCUAGUUAUUUGACCAAAUUAAAGUUGACUAAUCUAGAUAUUAGAACAAAUGAGUUGGGAGCAGAAGGUGCUAAAUUUAUAGGUCAAUUAAGCCAAUUGAAAAUUCUUAAUAUUGGUGUGAAUGACAUUUGUGCAGAAGGUGCUAAAUAUCUUGUAGCUCUCAAUCAAUUGACCAAUCUUGGAAUUAAUUGUAAUAGAAUUGGUGAAGAAGGUGCUAAAUCCAUAAGUGAAAUGAAACAAUUGACCAAUCUUGAUAUCAGUAACAAUUAUAUUGGUGAAACAGGUGUCGAAUAUGUUAGUGAGAUGGGAAACUUAACUACUCUUACCAUAAUAGAGAAUAAUCUACGAGCUGAAGGAUGUAAGAAAAUUAGAAAACUCAAACAAUUGACAAGACUUUCCAUUUAUGAUAACAAAAUUGGCGCUGAAGGGGCUAAAUUCAUUAGUGAAAUGGAACAGUUGAUGUUUUUGGAAAUUAAUAAUAAUAGUAUUCGUAAUGAAGGAACGGAAUAUAUUAGUCAACUUGGUAAUUUAACUGAACUUGAUAUUAGUCAUAAUGAGAUAGGAAGUGAAGGAGCUAAACAUAUCAGUCAAUUUAAACAAUUAACUUGUCUCAGAUUCAGUUACAAUAAGAUUAACGCAGAAAGUUUCGAAUAUUUAUCUACAUUGACACAAUUAACUGACUUACGCAUUUGCUCAAGUUCAAUAGGCGAUGAUUCAAUCAAAUCCAUCACCAAUCUGAAAUCUCUAACUAUUCUAUAUCUAAAUGGAAAUAAUAUUUCCGAUAAUGGAUGUAAAAAUAUUAGUGAACUGACCCAAUUGACUGAUCUUAGCAUGGCUCUUAAUAAUAUUUCUGAUGAAGGAUGUAAAUUUCUAAGCCAACUGACACAAUUGACCGAACUUGAUGUUAGUUAUAAUAGAAUUGGAAAUAUUGGAGCUGAAUACAUUAAUGAAAUGAAACAAUUGAAACAUCUUGCUAUUCAAGCAAAUAAUAUUAGAAAUGAAUCUAAAAUAGAUCAAUUGAAAACUCUUUUAAUUGAUAAGACAAAAGUUGAGGUGACAAAUUACAAAGCAAAAUCAGAACCAAAUUGUGUGUUAUUAUGA